AUGUUUGGCAUCCUGGGCGCCCGCGACCGCAGCGACGGCACCGAGGAAUAUGCCUCGUUCGACGAGCUCUUCGCCGCGCUCAAGUCGCGCAUGCAGAAGGACGGCUACAAGGUCGUCAAGUCACGGACCCAUCGCAACAAGGUCGGUGGCACCUACGAGAAGGGCAGCGAGGUCGUCCGAUGCGACCUCGUGUGCGACCGAGGUGGGCAGCCUUACAAGUGCACCGCGACGCAGCUCAAGACAUCGACGAAGAAAACCAACUGCCCGUGGAAGGCCAAAGCCGUGAAUCGUAAGACCCUGGGCAAAUGGAUCUUGACGAUCAUAUGCAGCGAACACAACCAUGAGGCGCGAACGCCUGAUCCGCCGACCGACGAGGAAGACGCCGACGCAGAGGGAGACGCCGACAUUGUCCAGGAUACGCCAGCUGGUAUGUUUCCCCUAGAGGCCGUCGAGCUGUCGCCAUAUACUAACACGGGUAGUUCCUGA